AUGGCCACCCUGAAGGAGAAGAGGACGUGUGGGCAGCGAUGUGAGGACUUUGGGCGCUUUGUGUGGAACCCAGACCAAGGAUCCUUCAUGGGCAGGACUCCGGUCAGAUGGCUGUACAUCAGCGCCUAUUAUGUGGCAUUUUACAUUGUGAUGACGGCGCUGUUUUCUCUGGCCAUCUGGACCCUGAUGUACACCCUGGAUCCCUAUGCACCAGAUUACCAAGAUCGAUUAAAAUCGCCGGGUGUAAUGGUUUGGCCGGACAAAUACGACGACGAGGACCUUGAGCUGGUUUACAACAUGUCUGACAAGAGCAGCUGGAUGAAGAUGUCCCAGUGCCUGGAGGACUUUCUCAUCCCUUACAAUAACACCAAACAGGAAAACUGUAAAAUGAUGAAAAAAGACUGCAAACUAGGGUCAUACUAUUUCCAGACACGUUUUGAUGCUCCUAACCACACAAAGUAUUCUUGCGUCUUCAACACAACCGAGCUUGGACCAUGUUCUGGUUUGGAGGACAGCACAUUUGGCUACAAUGGAACAGACCCAUGUGUUAUCAUCAAAAUGAAUAGGAUAAUCAGUUUCCUGCCCAACAACGGAACCAACAUGGCACCCUAUGUCAACUGCACAAUUCUGGGCGGACAUGAAAAUGUGCAAGACAUUGAGUACUUCCCGACCAAUGGAACAUUCGACCUGUCCUACUUCCCGUACUAUGGACGGCUAGCACAGCCAUCGUAUUUGAAUCCCCUAGUGGCAGUGAAAUUCCACCUGAUUGGGCAACGUUCGGCGAGGAUCCAGUGUAGGGUUGUGGCCCACAACAUCUUCUACGAGAACUUCUAUGAGCCUUACGAAGGCAAAGUCAUCUUCCACAUAGAGGCCACAAGCUAA